AUGCAAAUUGUUCGUCCAUGUUCUCAGGUUGGUUUCCGUGCUUUCGCUUCCACGUUUCGCUGUCUAAAACUGUCUUUUCCCAGCUGCAAAUCUGAAAAUCACAUAUUUUUCAAUGUUUUCUUUGCUCGAAACAAAAACAUUUUUUGUCGCCUGCGCUGAAAUUCUAACAUCGCCAUUUCCGAUGACCUGCACAUCAACCGAGUUGGCGUCAAUUCAUACUGUCGCACAGUUUAAAGGCGCAGCACAGUUUUUGAAGAAUUUUCCCAUACGACAAACAGUUUUCGAACCAAGAAAUGGAUUUUACGCGAAAAAACCGGUUUUACUGGUUUCUAAUCAGUCAUUUUAGUUUUACUGCAGUUUCGACACAUUUUGUGCUCAUUUUGAAACGUCGUGUUUUGAGGAAUAAAUGCCGUCCGUAAGACACGAGAUUAUCCGGCGCCCUUUCGUUCAAUCUCGCGCUACCCCGCUUUUUUCGAUUAUUUUUAGUGUUUUGAUGCUUGGUCGUCGCCGAAAUUCGCAAUUUCACGUUACAAAUCACAAGCCGUACGGAAACUUUGAAGAAUUUCCGCAAGUUUUACUCGCGUUUUGCUGGCUAUCUGCCGGCCGGCAGGCUGCCUACCCGCACUCUUGUCAACCCACUCGCCGCCUGCUACUCUCGGACGGAGAGAUGGCCGAGCGGUCCAAGGCGCUGGUUUAAGGCACCAGUCCCUUCGGGGGCGUGGGUUCGAAUCCCACUCUCUUCAGAACUUUUUUUUUGCGUUUUCCGGGGAUGCUAUGAUGUUUGCGUCGUCUUUUCUCCGUUUCCGAUUGACAACUGAUACGCACGCACACAGUGUGCUGUCGCGUCCUACCGUUAUGCAAACAUAACCAUAUUGAUCGAUUUUCGCCCCCCAUCUCCGACCUGUAGGGUCCAUUGUCAAUCCGUAUAAAGGUAGACGGACAAUAAUAAUAACACGUGAAAUAAUGACGGACGGUUCGGUUCGCACACACACACACACACACAAUGUUCAGUGUCAUUAUUAUUCACUCAUUCACCUAUUCUAUCCCGAUUCGCUCUUUUUCUCUUCCAUUUCCGUGUACAUCGAGAUGACAUGAAAAUGGAAGAGAACCACGCGUUUUCCAACGAAAAAAUCGUUUUUAUUCGAUUCGCAAUAAAUCGAGUAUAUAGUAUGAGCGGAUUCGGACCGAAAUAUGAACACAUGGUCGUAAUCUGCUGUUUUCAAAUUUCAGACCUCGAAAAUGCGGGCGAAAUGGAAAUGGUGGCGUGUCGUGUGCACCGCGCUUUUCUUCUUUUUCCUCUAUAAAUUUGUGAAGUUUCUGGAAAUUUUAUGCGUAAGUUUGCCUUAAAAAUCUCACCUUUUCUCCAUUUUCCAUUUUUUUUCAGAUCAAUUACAGCGCCGGAUCGCCGCUCGAUUUCGCCGAAUUGUUCAGCGAAAAAGACCCGAAAAAAGUGAGUUUUUGCGUCGACUUUGGUGUUUGUGUACUUUGUGCGCUACCGUAACCCAUAAAUAAUUUCAGCUUGUCGAGGAGUGGCUCAAAUUCAAAAACGACUACAUUCCGUACGAUUUUCAUCGCAUCGCCAUAGAAAAUGAACAUUUGGUGAGUUUUUGGUUGGAAAAUGUCCAAAAACAAUGUUUUUUCUUCAGAUCGCAUCGCAGCGAAAAGAGUUUCUCCGUCAGAGUGCCGCCCAUAAUUACGAGUCGAAAAUGAUGAUUGGAAAGUGA